AUGUCCCUCUCCAAUAUACUACAGCAGGUACAGCGGAAGGGUCAGGUUCCUGUACGAAACAAUGUGGAACAAAAGAAACAAUCUGUAGAGCACCCGGCCAAAGCCAGCAGGCCAGAGAGACCAGCUGAGCGGGUCAGGGUUGUAGAUCCUGUAGUGGCCAAAUUAAAAGCAGCCAGGAAACUUGAGAUGGAAAAGAAGGAACAAGAGAGAAAAGCUAAGUUGGGUACCAUAGGAGCUAACAACUCACUGAAGAAGUUAAAAUCCACAAUUCCCAUUAGACUGUCAGCUAAGAAAGUGCAACAUCAACAGAAUGCGCAGCAGCUGACGACUGGUUCCGGAAGACUGAAGCAACUGCAAGACAGUGUGCGAAAUUUGCAUGAGCCCGCGGCUCCUAGGCGACCACCGGCCAAGAAAAUGAAAUUUAAUGAAUUAAUGAAGAAAGCAUCACAGAUAGAUAACUCGAAGUUGUCGAUCAAUAUCAAGCAUAGGACAAGUUCUCCGGAAAUGAAAGAGAACAGGGUGGGAAAACCACCACCGGCUAAGAGGUUCAAUUCUGAUCUAAGCUCAGGGAGUAGAGGUCCUCCAGUUUCUAGAGGAAGCCACGACAUUCUGCCCAAGGAGCAGAACAUUCGCUUGAAGGAGCAGGUGAUUCGCUCAAACCCAUUGCCCAUGAGGAAACCUUCCAGUGCAUUGGAACAAAAAUUGAACAGAAAGAAAGCGGCCGCAGGUUCAGCCUCAGCAUCCAGAUAUCGAGACGAGUACGAAGACGACAGUGAUAACGAUUCCUUCAUCGCUUCUGACGACGAAGAGGAAGAGGACGCUUCACGAGGUCAUGCAGAUUAUGAUAGAGACGAGAUCUGGGCAAUAUUCAAUAGAGGCAAAAAGCGGUCGCAUUUCGAAAACAAUGGGUACGAUUCUGCUGAUGAUAUGGAGGCCACCGGGGCUGAGAUCUUGGAAGAAGAGAUGAGAUCCAAGCGUAGAGCUGAGCUAGAAGAUAAAAGAGAAUGGGAAGAAGAGCAGAGAAGAGCUGCUGCGAAGAGAGCUAAGAAACUGGGUAGAUAG